AUGGGACCCGCUGCUCCAAAACGCUCGGCCUUGGUCUGGUGCUUUAUUGGGAGUAAUAUAGUGGCCUUGGGAGCCGGAACACCUUAUCUGUAUUCAUUUUAUGCUCCACAAUUGCUGCGGAAAUGCCAGUUACCUGUUUCUCAGCUUAGUACGCUGCCACUUUCCUUGAAUAUUGGUAGUGCGUUGUUAGGAUUCCUUGCUGGGAUGGUGAUAGACCGUAACGUGAAGGCUUCAUGUUUAAUAGGAGCGAUCUCUACUUUCUGUGCUUAUUCGAUUCUAGACUACUGUUAUGCGAAUGAGUCGUCUAAUUUGUGGCUUCUUUGCCUGGGAUUGGCAUUAGUUGGAUUUGGAUCAGUAUCUGGAUUUUAUGCAGCUGUGAAGUGCUGUACUACAAACUUUCCUCACCAUCGAGGUACUGCUGGUGCGUUUCCUGUGGCAUUAUACGCCCUUGCUGGGAUGCUAUUUUCCUAUAUAUGCGCCAAAUAUUUUGGUGAAGAUAUUGACAAGGUCUUCAAGUUUUUGGCCGUUGUUUGUUCAUCCAUGAUCUUUGCGGGUUGUCUUAUGUUACAGAUCUUGAUAACUCCUAGUCAAAAUAGGCCCAAGAGGAAGAAAUCGGCCGUCGCGAGGGUAUCGCGCUCUUCAGGUCCAUCAAGAGAUGCUUCUCAGCCUAUUGCGAUCCAAGGUGACAGUCAAAGCUCACAGUCUAAUGUCUAUGCGAAUGGUGAUCGGGAUGGUCGAUCUCAAAGUUCAAGUUCUUCUUUGGCAUCUUCUUUUCAAUCCGCUUUCUCUGGGAAAAGAUCUGCGUCAUUCCUAUGGUCUAAAGAACUAACUGGCUCUCUUUCUUUCUGGGGCUGGGGUAAAGUGCGUGACGAAGAAGCAACCGAAUCACUACCUUCCUCAGCAGGAACCUUGUCUCAUUCAAGAGGACCAAGCUACUCAUCUGUGAUUUUGCCGUCGCAAGGACAAAGGCGUGAAUCAAUUCCAAACAAAAACAGGAAAGAUAGUUUCAUUAGAGAAGACACCGGAGUUACUAGCAAUGUCUUGAAUCUCAACCCCGCCAAAGACAGCGAAGAGACUGAAGAAGCUCUAGAAGAUCGAGAACCGAGCUUCUGGAGAGAUAAUCACAUAGUGCAAACGAUAAGAAGGCCUCGGUUUAUCGCUUAUUUCCUUGUUCUCGCAACUUUACAAGGAAUUGGUCAAACAUAUAUUUAUUCAGUUGGCUUUAUCGUUCGAACUCAAAUAGCCUCUACGCCAGGAGGCCAAGAGUCUUUCAAUGCUGAGAAGAUACAAUCAUUACAAGUUUCGAUUAUAUCCUUAUUAUCGUUCAGCGGAAGAUUGUGCGCUGGUCCGGUUUCUGAUCUUCUCAUCAAGAAAUUCAAAGCACAGAGGCUCUGGAACAUUGUUAUGGCAGCCGCUCUAAUGAUCUGGGCAUCUGCGCAAACCUUGACCCCAUCAAACAAUUCUCUAAAACUUUUCACGUCGUCUGCUCCUGCGAACAUCAAGAACAUCUCGGUUUGCUCCGCCAUGUUCGGUUUUGCAUUUGGGAUUUUGUUCGGAACUUUCCCAUCAAUCAUUGCAGACUCGUUUGGUACAGCUGGCUUCAGCACAAUUUGGGGUUUAAGCACGAGCGGUGGAUUGAUCACCGUCAAAAUCUUCAACGCUAUAUUUGGUGCUGAUUUGGGUAAUAACACACAGCCUGAUCGUCCAUAUUGCGAGAAGGGAGCAGGUUGCUACAGCCAUACGUUCCAUAUCAUAAUGGUAUGUGCUUCCGUGGUAAUGCUGGCUACCGUCGGCAUCAUCACUGUUACUCAUCACCAUCACAAGAGAAGAAAACGCUUGCUCAACGGGGAGCUCACUCUUCCCAGAUUUACAACAUGA